AUGGAUAGCAACACGCGUCAAACCUUUCCAUUCCUUGAGUUGCCGUAUUUUAUCCGACAUGACAUUUAUAUCCUUGCUCUUGACUACCCAGAUCUUGACCCGAUCUUUGCACGGAUCCAGAAACAGAACUACGCAGGUGACUACGAGCACACGGAGACCAAGAAGCUGCCAAUCAGCGUCCGCCCGACACCCCACGUCCCAGCAGAGCUGAAGACCACCCCGGGCAUCAUGUUGUGCAGUCGACAGACGGCUUGGGAAGCCCAGCAAGUGUGGCGCUACAAAACCUUCACUCUCAAGCGACCACCGGCCGGUACAGCAACCUUGGCGCGGCCGAUGGAUAUUACCGAGUUCAUCAGUGAAGAUAUGUUGAAACGCAUGCGGCAAGUGCAUUUCAUCAUGAAUCUAUGGGGCAAUCCUAGGGCCUGGCUCAAGACAGUGGAGAUGCUCUUAGAUAUCUGGAGUGUUGAAACCCACCUGAAAAGGAUUGAUAUUACAUUAGAGCAGCCUCAUCAACUGCCGCCUGGUGAGUUCUGGCCUCGGGAUUCCAGACGCUACGUUGCUUACAUGCUAUCCAUGAUUCGAAGCUUUGCCGAGGUGGCUGGUAUUGAGCUAAUCGGGACACCACCACUCCCAGAGCUCCCUGUCCAAAAGUGGCCUAGGGAUUAA